UCUUCAGCUUCUCCACAAAUGUCUAUUCCAUCACCAAUUAAUGAUGAGGAUGAUAAAGAAAAGAAAUUAGAUGAUUUUCUGAAUCGGGUGACAAAAGAAAAGGUAAAUACAUCUAACAAAGUCUGUCCUCCAAUUUCUAUUUUACCCAAUUGCGUACUAUUUUCUGAUAAUGAUGUUGAUGCAGGAUAUUACUAUGAUUUAAGUAGCAGGAAGAAUAUUUGUAAAAAAUCAUCCCUAGAACAUUUACAUGAUCCCAAUUAG